GCUAAAGAUGCAGAAAGAGCAAUAAACACACUUAAUGGAUUGAGACUGCAAUCAAAAACCAUAAAGGUGUCCUUUGCCCGUCCAAGCUCUGAAAAUAUUAAGGAUGCAAAUUUAUAUAUCAGUGGCCUCCCAAGGACGAUGACACAGAAAGAUGUAGAAGAUAUGUUUACAGGUUUUGGGCGUAUCAUCAAUUCUCGUGUUCUUGUUGAUCAGGCUACAGGUUUGUCUCGUGGCGUGGCAUUUAUAAGGUUUGACAAACGAUCAGAAGCAGAAGAAGCAAUUGCAAGCUUUAAUGGCCACAAACCACCAGGUGCUACAGAACCCAUAACGGUGAAGUUUGCUGCUAAUCCAAACCAGAAUAAGAACAUGGCACUACUUUCCCAGCUUUGUCACUCGCCAGCACGACGAUUUGGAGGACCAGUUCAUCAUCAGGCUCAGAGAUUUAGAUUUUCACCCAUGGGAGUUGAUCAUAUGAGCAGUAUAUCUGGUGUGAAUGUUGCUAGCAAUGCUUCCUCUGGAUGGUGCAUCUUUAUUUACAACCUUGGGCAAGAUGCAGAUGAAGGAAUCCUCUGGCAGAUGUUUGGUCCUUUUGGAGCAGUCACUAACGUGAAGGUUAUCCGUGAUUUUAACACCAACAAGUGCAAAGGUUUUGGUUUUGUGACCAUGACAAACUAUGAAGAAGCUGCCAUGGCCAUUGCAAGUCUUAAUGGCUACCGUUUAGGGGACAAAACCUUACAAGUUUCCUUCAAAACAAGCAAGUCCCACAAAUAACUUGCUCUUAAAUUUUGUAUGCAAUAGAGAAAACAAGAUUGAAGUCGGGGAAGACUUUUUUCUUUGUUAGUGUAAAACUCAUUUUGCGCCAAUUUUCACAAGUGUCUGUCUUAGUCUUAAAAAAGAAAAAGGAUUUUUUAUACUCUGGGGAUGCAACUUACAUGUUCAAAUGUUUGAGAGUUCCCAACAUGUUAGACCAAUUUUUAAGUUAUUUUCUUUAAGUAUAAAAAAAAAAAUAUAUGGUUUGAGAACAUACCCUACAAAUAGUGAUACAAUUAAGCAUUUGCGGACUUUAAAGACUUUCAGGUUUGGUGUUUGGGUUGAUGUUUUCCAGACGCUGAAAACUUUUUAAACCAAGCUGUCACGUUGCCAGCUUAAAUAUCUGUAUAUAUACAGUGCUUCUCUCCUCCCUGUUAUUGUUGUCUUGCCUAAAUAGUAACUGUUUACAGUUCAGGUUUCUAAAAAUGGAGACAUUAGUAUCCUCAUGUCUUUUUUUAUCCUAUCUGCAGAGUAACUGUGGGGCAUUCAAUGACUUGUAUGUUAUAGUUUAUAGUUAUUUUGCCAGUUACUUUUUGGAAAAAAAAAUUUCCCUUUGUUUUUCAAAUUAAGUAGUUGGCAUUUUGUAAGAAUACAGCCACACAUUUCAAUUUUUUUCUUUUAAAUUGUAUGUUAGCGUGAAAUAAAAAAAAAUCCUAUGUACACUUAUGCCGUCUAUUUUUAAAUAAGUGAUUUCCAUCUUUCAGAUCAAUUAUUUUUAAAGUUGUGAUAUCACUAUGAUUUAUUUAAAUUGGCCCUUAAA